GGUAGCAAACGCGCGCGACAAAGCCGCGUGAGCCUUGCCGCCGGUCUCGCGCCAGCCGCUAGCGCGCUAGCAAGUUGCGCCAUAUUUGUUGGUACAGGCACAAUUCCUGCUCUUAGCGUGUCACGAUUCUGGAAUUCGGCUGGAUUUAUGGUUUGAUUUUACUCGCAAGAUCACCUAAAUCGAACCAGACAUGGGCUCGAGCUAUAAAUUGGACAAAGAUGCAUUUGCACGGCGUCUUAAACGUCUCUACGACAUGUGGAAGGAGCCAGACGAGAAGUGUGAGGGAGGCUUCAAAAACAUGGACAGCUUUGCUGUGCUGGUAGGCAACACCGAAGACGUAGUUUAUUGCAAGUCGUCGGCUCUGCAGAUCUGGCUCUUUGGCUACGAGCUGGCAGAUUGCGUGAUGUUGUUCGCGGAGAACGAGGUGCACUUUUUGGCAUCUAAGAAGAAGAUUGAGUUUCUCAGCCAGAUUGCAGCUGUCAAGAACGAAGAGGGGAUGCCGACAUUCAAAUUCCACCCUAGAGAUAAAUCUGACGAGGACAAAGCCAACUUUAAAACCCUUAUCAACAUAAUGAAGGGGAGCAAGCAAGGAAAGACAGUUGGAAUGUUCGUAAAGGACAAAGACAUGUUCAAUGACAGUUUCAUCAAAGGUUUCAAAAACUCCAUGAAGAGCGAAGACUUUGCUAUCCUGGACGUGUCGACCACCAUUUCUUACAUUAUGGGGCCAAAAGAUGAGUCUGAGUUGAACACGACCAGAAAAGCCUGUCAGGUCUCGUGUGACCUCUACAACAAAUACCUGAAGGAUCAGAUCAUGGAUAUCAUUGACUCAGAAAAAAAAGUGCGUCAUUCAAAACUGUCAGAAAGCACCGAGGCUGCCAUGUCAGACAAAAAAUACAUCAGUGGAUAUGACGUGAACUACCUUGAUAUGUGCUACCCUCCAAUCAUCCAAUCAGGAGGGAACUACGCCUUGAAAUUCAGUGCUGAAAGUGACAAAAAUACUCUUCACUUUGGAGCAAUCAUUUGUUCACUGGGAGCCAAGUAUCGGCACUACUGCUCAAACAUCACGAGAACGCUGCUGGUGAACCCGUCUGAUGAAAUGAAGGACCUCUACGAAAUCGUCAUUGAUUUGCAAGAAGAGGUGCUGAAACACCUAACGCAUGGCGCUAAGCUAAGCGAAGUGUACGAGGCAGGAGUAAAAUUCAUCAAGGAGAAAAAGCCGCAAAUGCUUGACAAAUUCACCAAAAAUUUUGGAUUUGCUAUGGGCCUUGAGUUCCGUGAUUCUGCUCUGAUAAUCGGGCCAAAGUCGACUGGGUAUGCCAAGAAAAAUAUGGUCUUCAAUGUGAACAUGGGAAUCCAGGACAUCAGCAACCCGAAAGGCGCAGACAAGACUGACAAAACGCACGCCAUCUUCGUUGGAGACACAGUCGUGGUCAAUGAAAGCGGUCCGGCGACGGUUUACACAAACAUCAAAAAGAAGAUCAAGCACAUUGGCAUUUUCAUCAAAGAAGACGACGAGGAUGAAGAAGAGGAAUCGGACAAGGAGGACAAAACCGCCGAGGCGCAGAAAGAGUUGCUCGGAAGGGGGAAGAGAACGACUGUUUUGGACAACAAGUUGCGCUUGGAGUCGUCCUCUGAGGAAAAGAGAAAGCAGCACCAGAAGGAGCUGGCUGCCGCCCUUAACGAAAACGCUCGCCAACGUCUAGCAGAACAGGGCAGCGGCCAACAGGUGGAGAAGGUCCGCAAGUCCACUGUGUCGUACAAAAAUUCGUCGCAAAUGCCUCAGGAGAAUGAAGUUAAAGAACUGAAGAUCUAUGUCGAUCGAAAGUACGAAACUGUGUUGCUGCCCAUUUUUGGUCUCUCAGUACCGUUCCACAUCUCCACCAUUAAGAAUAUUUCGCAGAGCGUUGAAGGAGAUUACACAUAUUUGAGAAUCAACUUCUUCCACCCUGGAGCCACUGUCGGCCGAAAUGAAGGAGGUGUUUAUUCUCAGCCUGAUGCCACUUUCGUGAAAGAAAUGUCCUACCGCAGCACAAACGUCAAAGAGCAGGGAGAAAUUUCCGCUCCAAGCUCAAACCUGAGCACUGCAUUCAGACUCAUCAAGGAAGUGCAGAAGAAGUUCAAGAACCGAGAAGCAGAGGAGCGAGAAAAAGAGGAUUUGGUGAAGCAGGACACCCUCCUCAUCAGUACUAACAAGGGCAACCCGAAAUUAAAGGACCUCUACAUCCGGCCCAACAUUGUCAGCAAACGAAUUACUGGCGUGUUGGAGGCUCACACUAACGGUUUCCGGUAUACAUCAGUGCGCGGAGACAAAGUGGACAUUUUGUACAACAACAUAAAGCACGCCCUCUUCCAGCCGUGCGAUAACGAAAUGAUUAUUUUGCUGCACUUCCACUUGAAGCAUGCGAUUAUGUUUGGUAAGAAGAAGCACAUCGACGUGCAGUUCUACACCGAAGUAGGAGAGAUCACCACCGACUUGGGCAAGCACCAGCACAUGCAUGACAGAGACGAUUUGGCUGGCGAGCAAGCUGAGCGAGAGCUGCGCCACAAGCUCAAGUCUGCUUUCAAGAGCUUCUGCGACAAGGUGGACGCGCUGACCAAACAGGAGGUCGACUUUGACACUCCCUACAGAGACCUUGGCUUCCCAGGUGCUCCGUUCAGAAGUACAGUGUUGCUGCAACCCACCAGCGGCUGUCUGGUUAACCUCACUGAAUGGCCGCCAUUUGUGAUCACCCUGGAAGAUGUGGAGCUGGUACACUUUGAGCGAGUUCAAUUCCAUCUCAAGAACUUUGACAUGGUGUUCGUCUUCAAGGACUACAGGCGCCGCGUUGUUAUGGUCAACGCCAUCCCGAUGAACAUGCUGGACCACGUCAAGGAGUGGCUCAAUUCUUGCGAUAUUAGGUACACUGAGGGUAUCCAGUCGCUCAACUGGACCAAAAUCAUGAAGACCAUUGUCGAUGAUUCUGAGAACUUCUUUGAGUCAGGCGGCUGGAGCUUCCUGGACCCCGAAUCUGGCUCUGACGGUGAAGAUGAGUCGGCCGAAGAUGAAGAGGAUGAAGUUUAUAAGCCAAGUGGUGAAGAGUCUGUCGAAGAAUCUGACAGCGACAGUGACUACUCUGAGUAUUCUGAAGAUUCUGACUCUGGCGAAGAAGAGUUGGGCAGCUCUGAGGAGUCUGGCAAAGAUUGGUCUGAUUUGGAGGCUGAAGCUGCCGCCGCUGAUAAAGAGGAUGAUGAGGACGGAUUCAGCACAAAGAAGAGCCACAAGCCCAGCGGCAAUAGCAAUAGCAAGCACGGAAGCAGUAAGAAUCACAGCAGCAGCAGCAAACACAAAAGCCCUGAUAAGAAGAAGCACAGCAGUUCUUCGAGGGACCACAGCCCCAAGAAGAGCCACAGGGACAAACACAGCCCCAAGAAAUCAUCACAUGACAAGAGUAGGGACAAGAGGUCGGGCUCGUCGAGCUUGAAACGCAGCAACAGCAGCAGCCACAACAGCAAGGACAGCAAGAGGUCCAGGAAAUGAACACUUAGUGCAUUUAAUUUUCACUGUAGAGCAUUCCGUCAUCUUCCCAACAUUGAUUCAACUCUCAAUUGUACGCGUAAGAUCUUGGAUUGUGUUGGAAUCAACAAAAUUUGUAAGUAGGCCAUACUUUUCUACUCCAGUCAGUAGUCCCUCUCUCCGUAUUUUCUUUUAAGUUUUACUAUUGUUACCGAAUAAAUCAGUGCUCUUUAAAUUUA